AUGUCUGAUGACUAUGAGAUUGACUUAGAUGGUGGAUUCACUGGUGGUGUGGACCCUUCCGCAAAAGUGAAGGUAGACCCACCUGUUACUGGCUCGAGUACGGCAAAUCCCAGCACGCCAUCCGUUUCAACUAAUCCUAGCUCAUUCAGUAACUCUCGACCUACUCAUAUAGCUAACACGGAAAGAAGAAGUCCGCUGCCAAACAAUGCUAUAAAUCAAGGCUCCUAUAAUAAUCAGAGCCGCGGAUACGUAUCGUCACACCCAAUGGAUCCAACUUCGGCAGUCAUUAUCUACAAUCUAGAGUGGUGGACAAACGAAGAGGAAGUUAGAGGAUGGGCAGUCGAUGCGGGCGUCGAAGCCAAUUUAAAAAAUGUUAUUUUUGACGAGCAUAAGGUCAAUAGCAAAUCCAAAGGAACCGUAUAUGUCGAGUUUAAUGAUGUGCAAGCAACGAAAUUGUUGUACGAAUCGUUUACAAACAAGCAGCGAGAAUUGAGAAACUCUGAGGACAAGUCCAAUAUUCUUCUCAAGCUAUCAAUAGCUUACACGAUACCAUCACCCAUACCGUUCCGCACCUUUAAUAAGGGUCCCCAAUCCAGGAACCAGGGCCCUAAUGGAAAUGUGGGUAUGGGAGGUCCAAAUCGGAAUGGAAUGAAUCGUCAUGGUAAUGCUGGCAAUGCAGGGAAUACUGGCCCCGCAAGGCAGGGCCAAAUGGCUGGAUAUAGCGGAUAUCAAGUACAAGGUGGUUUCAACCCAAUGGCACAAUUUUCCGGCGGAUUUCCUCCAUUUGGAUUCCCGCCUGGUGGGUUCUACAACCAACCACCACCUCAACAGUGGUCUGAUGCCAAUAACCCUCAUGGCUCUAAAAGACCACGUCAAUAA